CAUACUUGCGCCAACUUGCGCCGAAUGAUAGAAACGGUGAGAAAAUGAUUUUGUCGAGGGCCAAGCCGGCCUCAUCGGAAGGUGUUCGAACGUCAGUUUCGCACAAGGAGAUACCGAAGCUGGACGAGUUUUUGGAGAAACGAGAUUACACUGGCGCCUUGACAUUAUUGGAAUUCAAUAAUACCACCAGCGGCAGUUUGGAAAUGGACUUGUGGAUGGGAUAUUGCGCGUUUCAUUUAGGCGAUUACAAACGUGCAGCAACGAUCUAUGAAAACUUGAGGAACAAGGAUUACGUACCUUCGGAUAUUUCAACGAAUCUAGCGUGCUGCUACUUCUAUUUAGGCAUGUACUCUGAGUCACAAAAGAUCCUGGAAGAGGCAGAAAACAGUAAACUGCGAACCAGAUUGUUGUUUCACCUGGCCCACAAGAUGGGCAACGAAUCCAAAUUAAUGGAGUAUCAUCAAAUGCUGCAAGAUAUUAUCGAGGAUCAGCUCAGUUUAGCGUCCAUUCACUACUUGCAAGCUCAUUAUCAAGAAGCUAUCGAUGUCUAUAAAAAAAUUUUAUUGGAUAACAGAGAUUAUCUAGCUUUAAAUGUAUAUGUAGCUUUGUGCUAUUACAAGCUGGAUUACUAUGAUGUAGCUCAAGAAGUGCUUCAAGUUUACCUGCAGAAAUAUCCAGAUAGUACAAUCGCAAUUAAUUUGAAAGCGUGUAAUCAUUUUCGCUUGUAUGAUGGAAAUGCUGCACAGGUCGAGAUGAAGCAACUCGUUGAGAAGAUAUCAAGUUCCUUUAGUUCUGGCCAUGAUCUUAUACGACAUAAUACAGUUGUCUUUAGAGGUGGUGAAAACGCUUUGCAAAUUUUACCCAAUUUGGUAGACGUUAUACCAGAAGCCAGGCUUAAUUUAGUAAUAUAUUAUUUGAAACAAGAUGAUGUCAAGGCAGCCUAUGACCUGAUUAAAGAUCUAGAACCAGCAGUUCCACAAGAAUAUAUUUUAAAGGGUAUAGUUAACGCUGUUAUGGGUCAGGAAGCUAAUUCUCGUGAUAGUAUAAAAACUGCACAGCAAUACUUUCAACUAGUGGGUUCUUCAGCAUCGGAGUGUGAUACCAUACCUGGUAGACAAUGCAUGGCCUCCUUCUUCUUCCUUUACCGACAAUUCGACCGUGUCAGAUUAUAUCUGAAUUCGAUAAAGACAUAUUUCUCUAAUCAAGAUAAUUUUAACUUUAACUAUGCUCAAGCACAAGUUGGGGCAGGCUACUUCAAAGAAGCAGAGGAAGCUUUUCUGAUAAUACGUAACGAAAAAUAUAAAAACGAUUACAUUUACAUCAGUCUUCUAUCAUAUUGCUACAUAAUGAAUGAAAAGGCUGAAUUGGCUUGGGAACUAUAUUUGAAGAUGGAGACAUCAGCGGAGUCUUUCAAUUUGCUUCAAUUGAUUGCUAACGCGUGUUACAAAGUAGGCGAAUUCUGGUAUGCUGCUAAAGCCUUCGAUAUGUUGGAGCGAAUGGAUCCAAGUCCUGAACAUUGGGAAGGAAAGCGAGGCGCAUGUUGUGGUACUUUUCAGUAUAUUAUCGCGGCGAAGUUACCAAAAGAACUGCUAUCGGAAGUGAUACAGAUUCUUAAAAAUACAUCCAAUUCUCAAGUAGAACAGAUAAUACGCGUUAUGCGGAAAUGGGGGAAGGAAAACAGAGUGAACUGCUAAUAUCAUCGAAUUUCGUGACAUUGUUAAUAUCAUCAAU